AAAACAGAGAGAAGAUAGAGGGAAAAAAGCCGGUACUGCUCAGAGACAGAGGGGAGAAAGAGGACACUGCCAGGAGGAGAAAGUUUAACUGGUCAUUGUUAGAGACAUACUUAAUAAUUUAUUAAUUCAUCCAAUUAAUUUAUAGUCAUGAUAGCUUCCCAUUUAUUAGCCUAUUUCUUCACCGAACUCAAUCAUGAUCAAGUACAGAAGGUAAGCGAAUAAUAAUGUGUAUUAAAAUACUGUUUAACCUUUCUUUUAUUAUAGUAUGAACGUUACAUGUAUAUGUAUAUAAAUGUGUGUAUUUACUCUGAUCAAAAUUACAUACCAUUACAGCUACGUGUUUAUUGAUAAUAAAUAAAAUUAUUAUACAAUUACAAUGCUAUUUUAUUCACUAGACAUGUGUUGUUCUCUCUAAUGAAAAAGAGAGAGAGAGAGAGAGUGUGUGUGUUUAGGGGGGUAUUGCACCCAUUCCUAUUGGAAAGCGUGUGUAUACAUAGAGAGAGAGAUAGUGAUAGAGUUUAGAUUUAAUGAUUUUAGAUAUUAUUUUUCAGCUUGAGGCAUACAAAGUGUAUACUGUCCUUAAAGAUUGAUUUGUGACCCUGUCUCAAAAGCCUUUAUAUUCGCAAUUUUGUUUGCUAAUUUGCUAGUUUCUGCUUAUCUAUGGUACUGACAAAGUUAUACACUAAAGUAUGAAUUGGUGGGGAUUCAAAAUGAGUUAAAAAUCUUAAGCUACUAUAGGAAAAAUUGUAUAAUGCUCAUUUGCCUACAGAAGCAAACCUAUGGUAUUUGGCACCCAGGACAGAAUUGUCUGUUUGUCUCUUCUUAACUCCUUUGCUUGUCUCCCCUUUCUUGUGUCUUUUCUUACCCCCCUCAGCACCUACUUUAUCAGUCGUUACCCCACAUUCCCCCUGGUGUUUCUUCUCACAACCUCACCCUUAGUCUACCUGGUUUGUCAGUUCACCUCCAAGCUCCUGUGUGGUUUCUAAGGCUAGAAACCACCUAUUAUGACUGUCUUUGCUCCACCUGCUUACUUGUGAUUCUCCAUAAAGCAUCAUCUCCUUUUGUGUCUAUUGCAAUUCAUCCAUUGUGUGUCUCGCCUUACCCUCACCUCAACAGUUACAGUCCAAACUUGUAAUGUGGCCAAACAGGACUUUGAGAGAGGAUCCUCAUGUUUCUCGGGUUUGUCAGGUCACCUUCAGUUUCCCGAUUGGACAGCAUGCUAGGUUAAUGGAUAGGAUAUGAUCUUCAAUCCCUUCCACAACUCCUUACUCACAAUGCCGCUUGGCGACUGCAGCCAUGGUGUACUUGAGCAGAAGAACAUGAAGAGUCUCUUCCUUGGUCGAGCUACAAUCUGGGACAAAUUGAGAAGUCUAUCACCCAGGGGCAUGUGCCCCCACACCCCCGUCCUGUUUGUACGGUACCUUUCAGCUGUUAAAAUUUUUUGGCCCACAUUUUGAAAUUCACUUUGAAUCCCAACAGUUAACACUUUAGUGAAUAACCCUGUAAUUUCAAACUUUGUUGCUACUUAAUGUUAGAAUUAACAAGGUGCCUUCAUUGAAAUUACUCACUUUAAUUAAGCAUGAAUGUUUUUAGUAUCUAAAAGAGUUUGCAUGCGCAAGGUGACGUCUUGCGUGAAAUGUACUUAAUAAAAUUUGAGUGGGUUUACUUACAUUUCUUGUAAAGGAGUGCAUGUUUCAAAAAAAAAAUGAUACAUGUUUAAUGAAUGACAUCACCUUCUCUCACUAUCUGCAUCCUUUAGUGAGUUACGUUGUGCGUGAGAGACCCUCCCCAAAAACCAGCAUUAAGAUCCACGCUUAGUGUCACACACAGUGAAGGGACAAUUAGGGACUGAUGCAGCCUUUACUGAGUCAAAAUGACCUUUACGCUUCUGUGGUCUUCGGCAAGAGAAACCGACUCUGAAAGCAUGUCCAGGUCAUUCUAAAUGCCGCAUUUCUAAAAUUAGUGGCCUUCCUGAAUUGUGACCUCUAAAGAAAGAUGUCCUUGAAUUCAUUCUUUGCUUACUGAAUGUGAAUGGCUCACGCUGAAUGGAGCAGCUGUUAUAUAUAUAUAUAUAUAUAUAUAUAUAUUUAUAUAUAUUAUAUUUAUAUCAGUUGUCUUGUAUUAUCUUUCUACUGGUUUGUUCAAGCUGGUUUAUGAAAUAUGGCUGUAACAGGAAGCAUGUUUUAUUAAAGGGAAAUCGUUUCUUUCACAUUAUUCUUCCCAGUGACAUUUGUUUCUGAAGUUCAUUUGAAAUUCCAAUGAAUGACAUUCCACAUAAGCACAAAUAAACCAUCAGAUGAAACAGGCAGGUAAAGCACAUUGCGACUCCCUCCAAGAUCUCAUUCUUCAAGACUCUGUCCCUUCACCAAUUCUCAAACUCCCACUCCGGUUUGUUAUCCCUGCAUUCACUUUAAAGGUCAGCUACAAAAAAUAUUGAAAUCAUAACAUACUUUAUCCUGAUCUAUUUGUUUAGUGUGGAAUUAUUGCUUCAUAUUUGAGUUUCAAAUGUACAUUCGUUAAAUUUCUGAAUGGCAUAACUUAAUAUAGCCUCAUUAUAAAGCCCCCUCUACUAUAAGACACCCGCAUCCUUGGUUCUCAGUAAUUGCUCUGUCUGUGUUUGUAUUGUCUGAUUGAAAGGUUUUUGUGCCAUUGACUGCGAUUGUGAGACUUGUGUAGGAUCGAUAGUGAAGGUUGCUAAGCAGUAGGCCUAAAGAAUUUGUGGAGGAUGGCAAAUGAGGAAAAAGAAGCAAUUUGGUUAUUUUAGUCCAAGUGGCCAGAUUGCUUACCUUCUGGAAUAGGGCAAUACAGAGACAGAAUGACCUUGUUCAGAUGCAUCAUCCACAUUAAAGUGCGGGCAUCCAAUUAGAGCUUGCAAAGGGAGUGAAAGGAAGACUUAUAUGGAGCGAAGUACUGCACAUUAUGUACUUCAGUCAAUGGGGUCUAAUUACGGGGUGUUGUUUGGAUUAAAUAAUGAGAAGAUGGAGAAAAUAUGAAUCGGUACCAUAAAGCAAUAGGUUACGUUUAGCAUGAAAUUCUAUGAAAUUUAGAACAUUUUUGGCAAAAAAACAAAAAACCUCACUGAAUAGGCCUGAUCGUGGUUAUCAUGGUUUGUUCUACCUUUUCUAUUUCUGUUAUUUCAUUUUUCAUAUUUAGUAUGCUAUGCAGAAAAACCCAAUGCAUCAAUUGUUACUUACUAAUUGUUAUUUCUGUGCUAUGUUCUACAAUCUCUUCUUGCAUCCUACAGUGUGCUUAGCCUCACGUUCCUUUGGUGCAAGGAAGUAGAUUUUUCUUACUCAUAUGGUGAUUUGUCAGAGUGAUUCAGAUUAAGAAUGGUCCAUUUCAGGCAUUGCUGAUCACCAGCUCUUAACCUUUGCACUGCUAAGCAACACUAGAGGGGGGUGGGGGGCAAUACACAGUGUUUUACAGCCACCUGUCUCCUCCCUCCAGCUGGAUGUGUGGUCCAUCAAGACCCUUGCAACUGACAAAUUGCUACAAUAUCAUGAGGAAAUCAUUAUUUAUUCCUGCCACGGUGCAGUGGCAUGUUCACAAAACUAAGAAUUCAGAAAAGACGUUUUAGUUGUUUGCUCCUUUUAAUGGAAUCUGUGUAUUUUUGUCUCCUGAAAUACGUUGUGGUUAGACAAUUAGUAUAUAGGUAGGUUUAAUCACUAAAUAAGAAGUUGUGGUGAGUUAUUAUAAUUUAGUUAAACAAUAUCAGUGAAAGUAAUAUAAUAUAAAAAUCCAACAGGUCAUUUGUUAGUCAUUUUUUUCCAUUAGGAUUAUUUUGGCCUAAAUUUUGCAAGUUGGUUUGUCAGUUUACCCAUCCACAUUGUUAUUUGAUUAAACUAAAUCAAUAGGGGUGCACUGUCAGAAUGGGAUCGAUAAAGAAUAUAUAAAAGAUUAACCCCCAGCUGUGGUUAGACUACAGUUGCAGUGAAGCAGUAUCAUGGGUGCUGUAGUUCUUCAAUGGCUGGGAUCUUCAUUCUGACCCCCGGCAUUAAUUAUGAAUUGUGAUUAGUAAUUCUGCUACUUUACUGACUUAUUACAUCUAUGCUAAAGGUGUUCUUGGCUUAAUAGUGCUUGAGUGAAUGAGGGGAAUGGGGCAACAGACAAGGGUUGUUUCACUAAAUGCUGAAUUUGCAAUUGCAAAUUCAGCUUAUUUCAUUUGGCGUAAUUCUCCUGCAUUUGGUUGUUAAACAUUGCUCUGUGGUUAACUGUAUUCACUACUGAAUGCUAAUCAAACAGAGCCAAAAGUGUUUCAUUUCAAUUGUGUUCUCUCAGGGAGAUUCAUUUCAAAAAGCUCAACCUAAUUCCAAAGUGCAGCCACGUUUUUAUUGUAUUUCCCUGCCACAAAUAGAAUUCUGCUAAUAUAAGAGUAGCUUUUUGGAUUUAAUUUGGGGGUAUCCUUAGUAGGUUAAUGGGGAGGGGAAGGGGAUUGAAAGAGCUGAAUAGUCCUUUUGUGAAUAGCCAAAUAGGUUAAAACAGACAAAUUGUUACAACUGAACAGCAUUUGGCUCCUGUUAGGCAUGUAGUGAAUAGACCACACAAUUACCAACUGCUAAAUAACUGCAACCUCGGUAAUGUUCAGCAAAUUGUUAGGAAGGUGGGAAUCAUGGGAUUUGUAGUCACACACAGCUAGAGGGCUACCUUCUUGCCACUUGUGCUAUACAUCAGUCCUGGUAUACUCAAUGCACAUGAAUAGCCCGAACGUUAGGGCAAUUCUGUUCAAGUGGGGAUACUGACAAACUCUAGACCAGGGUUCGCAAAAGGUAGAUGUUUUAAAACUACAGCUUCCAUGAUGCUUUGCCAUUCUGAAGGCAUGUAAAGCAUCAUGGGAGUUGUAGUUCUGCAACAUCUGGUGGGCUACCUUUUGAGCACCCCUGCUCCAGGUCAUUUUAUAGUGUAAAUAAUGCAGUGAAUAUUUAGUUAGCAGCCAUUUUUGUUCCCCGAGAUGCAGUCUUGCAGAGCAAUGUGAUGUGAUAGUGUCUUUUAUUAACUAAAGUGUAUAAGCAUCCAUAGAUCUCUGCUGCAAUUGGUUGGAAUCCAGGUCACGCUUCCAGCUUCAGGGGCAGCGAUAAACCUGCGUUUAAUCACGUUCCACUUCCUGACAUCAUCAUCUCUUUUUUUUUUUUCUGGAACUUUGAACACCCCAGCAGUCUGUAACAUGCGGAGGUGGAGUUCAAUUACAGCUCAGCAACACUUCAUUGAUGGAGUUUCAGUUUCUCAUUAACCCUGCUUCUCCCCCAUACGGUCUUUCCCCAGCUAUAAUGAAACUUCUCUGUAUAUCUAUAUCUGAUAAAGCACAGAAUUAAUUAAUUAAACCAGAAACACAUAAAUAGCUGAAACGUAGUAGAAAAAGGCAAAUCAUCUUAAUGAACAGAUCACGUGCACAGUCUAGCUUUCAAAACAUUUAUUAUAUUUUAACUGUAAUCCUGAUGGAUGUAUAGAGAAGUAUAGUAAUUAUUUGAUUUCUGUAUUAGUUUUUCUCUACCGUGGUAUAGCAAUGUUCAGUAUUAGCACGGGUGUGUUGGCGUGAAUAUGUAUGAAUGUGAUUUCUGGUGUGUGUGUUAUUUUAUAGUGAGGUUAGUAUUUGGAUAGGUACGCAAUUGCAGUUAUAUUUCUGCAUUUGUUGUACGCUGUUGUUCAGCUUCAUUCUGAUUGGCCGGCAUUUACACAUAUUUCUGCUUUACCUUUUAGUUAAUACAAUUUGUAAUUGAUCUCAGGUAGUAGGUACCAAUAUUACAGUGCUGCAGUGGCUCAUCAUUGAGAUACUUGUAAUCCAUAGAUGUAACCAAUGAGCGUGCCCCAAAAAACCUUGACCAUAUUGCUGAAAUCUAUAAGCAGAGCGUUAUUUUAUGAAUGAAAACAUUGCCUGAAGGUGUUUAGCAGUGAAGGCAGAGAGGCCUUUAUCCAAUAAAAGGUUACAAAAAAAGGGACUAUGAUAUACCGAAUAAGUUGUAUCGUUAAUCUGAUCUAAGUCACUGACAAGUAUAAUUAUCAGAUUUCCAUAACUGUAUUUAUUUGCAAGGCACUUUAUCUACAUUAAUGUUACUUUGCAAUUAGAUAUGUGAUCAUAGAAAAAAACUGCCCAUCUUUUAUGUGGUGAACACUUUCUAUGAAAGAUCUAAAGAUUGUAUUUCUAGCUUGCAGAUCUAGUCCUUAGUCAGCUUCCUGUGAUAUCCUGAGAGCACCAUUCAUUUUACGUUGUGUGUGUAAAACCCAAGCAACUCAUUUGAUCAAUGUAUUGAUCUAAAUGGUAUAGGAGGAAGUCUUAAAAAUAAUGUCGUUAGGAAAUGUGUAUUCUUAAUGACACUGGAGUAUUGGCUUAUCUGAGUUUACAAUCUACUGGUGUUAUGAAAACCACAUCUCAAAACGUUGACAUUCAAUUAUUAUUAUUAUUAUUAUGAGAAAACUGACCCUGUAGUUUAUAAUCUGGAAAACUAAUAGUUGUAUCCGUACAGAGUUACUUACACACUAAUGGAAGACUGUGCCCCAAUUAUGGAACUAAGCUAACAAGUAAAUUACAAAGCCUAGGCGAUCAGGAUAAGAGAGACUUAUGGUAUAAUUUUCCAAGAAAUCUUCACAUAAUGAUACAACGCCAUGUAAACUGUGCUGUUUUAAGAUGAUGUGCAGCACUAAUAGUGGUGAUUAAAUUAGAUUUUUUCCAUGAUAUUUAUUUUAUCUGUAGACAUUAGGUGAUCAUGAGAUUUUUAAUAUUCAGCUCCUUUUCCUACAUCAGUUGUGUAUCGCAAUUUGUUUAUGGCUCAGUUUGAUUAGCUUUUACCCAGAGAUAUUUAUAAUUUAAAGGUCCGUCCAUAUAAUACAAUUAAACAAUCAUAAUUGUUUGGUAAAUAAAAAGUCAGUCACACAAAAAACAUUACCACUAAAAUAUUUAUGGGCGAUAAUACACUAAAGCAUAACAAAGUCAAAGUAUAACGUUUCCUGGUUAACACAGAGUGUAUUAUUGCAAGCAUUUACCACAAGGAUGGAAGAUUGGAGAUUGUUAGGAUUAAUUAACAUGCCGCCCAGCAUUUCAAAUGGUCAAAGAGAGGCACAGUAAUAUUAGUGGUGUGAGUUGGUGUUUGGCCCGGGGCAGGGCUUUUCUGAGACAUUUAAAUGACUUACUAAUGACAAUUCAUGCAACUAAAAUGUAAGCACAUCUAAACACAAUUAUUUUACUAUAAAGACACAUUUCUGUGAGUAUUAUAUCUGUGAAGCUCUGGUAUACAUUGACCAAUAAUACUGAGCUCUGAGAAAAGAGGGACAUUAGGAUAGAAAAGAGGGACAGAGAGAUUUGGGCCUAAAAUAGGGACUGUACCUCCUAAAUAGGGACACUUGGUAUGUAUGAUUUAAUAGUCCUUGAAAAGGAUUGGUGAUAUGAUGUGGGAUAUAAAAAUACAAACUUUACAGGCAGUUUAGGGAGUUUAAACUAUAAACCAGAAUGGGAAUUUGCAUUAUUGGUAAGAAGGCAGAAGAGGAAGAAAGGAUGACAGUGAGCCACAGUUAAAAUCAAUACACUGUAAAAGAUGUGGGGAAAUCACUGGCCCCUUACAAAUAACUGAAAUGUAUUUCCUAAUUUCGAGAAGGCCAUUUACAGUCAGAGAAGUUCUUACGCCCCUUCCUGCACGUUGCAAGGGGUAUUGAAACCAGACACGAUGCUAUGCGAGGAAACUGCAUGACUCACUUACAGUGUAACAGCACAGACACAAGAAAAUGCCACGCCAUGUACUAAGCAGAGAAAUUCCUAUGAUGAAAGCAGAGCAUGUGAUUCUGUAAGAAAUAGGGUAGGAUCCUCACAGGCAUUGUAUCACAUACCGAGAGAACUAACCGGUUUUACAUAAGGAGUGCCAGCAUUAAGAACAAUUAAUGUGUUUUUCCAGUUACUUGAUAUAUUUAAUAGCAUCAAUAGAACAAUUAUUAUUUAAAGAACUUAAAGGGGCAGUAACAGCCAUAUAAAUCAGAUGGGGAGGUAAUUUAGGUUAACUUUACAUUUCAAUAACCAUAAGUCAUGUGAUUAUUGUCAUUAGUCUAUUAUAUAGGAAAUGAGAAAAACUUUUUUUUUCGUGGCAUGUAAAUGUACUAAUUAAAGCCAUUGUACAGCGCUACGGAAUUUGCAGGCGCUAUAUAAAUAAUAAUAAAAUAAUAAUACAAAGCAAGCAUAUUUCAGAUAGACUUGGGUGCUGGGGUCUGUACUGUAUUUCUAACUGAAUUGCUAUGAAAAAUCUUCACUAACAAAACUUCACUGAUGAAAAAUCAGUUAAAAUUGUUACUUUAUAAAUUCAUCCAUGUUUUAAUUUGGGCUCUGUUUAUCUUUUAAAAAGAGCCUCUCAUCCUCAAAUGUGUGGGAUUGCAAUUUCCCCUUCACAUAAGACACAUGGUAUACAUAGCUUGUUUUUGUUUUAUUGACUGUAUAUGUCUGACAAGGGUAUGAUUCUCUCACAGUGCAUACUGGGUGUUCACAAAUUUCACACUUCUCCGUCCAAGAAACUCAUGUGUACAAAUCAUUCUGAGACUGAGGUGUGAACAAUGUGGGAACGUGUAAGUUCAUAGGCGUUUCUGCACUGGGAUAACUAAAGCUUAAACCUCUUGGCCCACAGCAGGGGUGCCCAACAGUUAGAUCUCCAGAUAUUGUAGAACUACAACUCCCAUGAUGCUUUGCAUGCCUUUCAAAUGCUUUCGAAUGACUAAGCAUCAUGGAAGCUGUAGAUUUAAAACAUCUGGGGAUCUAUCUUUUGGGCACCCCUGGCCUACAGCAUCUGGUUAAAUGUUAAUUGUUGAAUACAAUACUUACUAUAUAUUUGUUAUCAGUUUGACCAGUACAAGGCACAAGUUCAUUUUUAUUCUCUUUAACCCCUCAAGGACACAUGACAUGUGUGACAUGUCAUGAUUCCCUUUUAUUCCAGAAGUUUGGUCCUUAAGGGGUUAAUGUGCAAAAAAUGUUAUUUUUGCAUGGCCUUUGCACUUUAGCCACAUAUUUAUACAAUACAAAAACAAACAUGGUGUUUGGAUAAUGUGGCAUCCAUCUGGUAUCUGGGGUGAAUGUUGUUUUACUGCCAUGAAGAACUUACAAUCUAAUUCUCUUGCCUAAUGCGCACAGUAAAAUACAUUGCCAAGAACUGGAACUUAUUUUAUGUACGUUUUCAGUAGAAUUGGAACUACAACUUAUGUUAUAGUAAAUAUAUUGAAUGGAAGGUUAUUCUUUCUGUGAAGGAAAAUAAAUGGAAAAUGGGGCAACACACUGGUUAACGUGUCUGGUUGUCGAAGGCUGUAGACCCAAAGUGUCUACAAGUGUCUUGGCUUAGGCAGGGUGCAGCUAUAUAUUUAAUUGCUAGGUUUAACAGUUAAAAUCCAUGCUAAGCAUGCUUCAUUAUCUUAUGAUAUCUCUGCUGAAGCCACCAAUCAGAAACCCGUGACUGUACAUUUCUGCACCAUGUAUAUUUUACAGCAGAGGCUUACAAACUAAUUAGUGCUACCAGCUAUUGGUAAUUGUACUUUCCUCGCCUAUCUGAAAAAAAAUACUAAUGCAAUGGAAAAAAACGACAUUAGAGGAUUAGGUCAGUCGCUUUUUUACAGUGCCACAUCCUGGAGACAUAAGCAAUUACCUCUGUUCACAGGGAUGGUACCAGGAAUUAAUCUCUUUAGUAAUUAUAGUAACUUUCCUAAGACUUCCAAUUUAACUUUAAAAAUUAUUAGUAAUUUAGAAAUAUAGCCAUCAAUUUAUGGUUACCCACUUCUGUUCGAAAUGAAAGGUUGCAGGAUAUUACUAGUCUGACCUUGGUAACAUUUAUAUAAUGUCAGUGUUAUCUGAAGCUAUUGGGAUAGACAUUCUUUUCAAGUGAGUGCAGUUUAAUAACACUCAAUAACGCACUUUAAUAUUACGCCACCUUCAGAUUUCUGCUGUUCAGAUUGGUUAAAAUCUGCACAUCAAUCAGUAAAUGUAUGCUUGGACGAGACCCGAGGUCUGCUGCCUUCCCAAGCAUAUCCUAUAUUCCUAGGAAAUGACAGGUCAUUUUGAAUGAUAGAGUUCUGGUUCUGGAUCACUAAGGCACUAUUUUAUAGCUAACAAAGCACAACUGCAUACUUGGCAGAAACUACAUAAUACUUAUUGAGAUUAAAGUUCCUCAGAUAUAGCAAUAUUUCCCUGACAAAUGUAUAAGAACAUUUUUAAAAACUACUUUUCGAUGAAAAAGCUGUAUAUACCAGGAAACAGAUUUCAGUAGAAGUAAAGACAUGGGAACAAGGCAAUUGCUUAGUGAUUAUUGCUGUACAUAAAGAUAAUUAUGAUAAUUGGUAGCAAAUAUGAAAUUUAAAUGUAGCCCAAAUGGUUCUCAUCUGCCUUCACAAUCUAGAAUCCAGUGGAUUGUCAGGUUUUUUUGAUUUAUUUCAUAUGACCUCUAAAUCUUGACUACUUGCUCACUGGCCAAGGAUAUAAGCUAUAUCCAACCGAUGAUGCCAAUGACAGGCUGAAACAAUCAUCUUGGAUUGCUGUGUCUCUCUUCCAGAGGAGACGUGUGUGUUCUUUUAGUUCUGUCCUGUCUUUGCUGGUGGGCGUUGGUUGAUAUUCUAACUGUAUUGAGAUUUCCUGAGUGGUGACUUCUCAAAAAGCAAACAAUGAAGCUUUUGUCCAUUUUUGGUGAUUAGGUCCUUAUACCAAUUGAGAAAGAAACACCCUUGGACAACCUGCCAUAAAAAAUGUCACAUAUUUAAGAUUUCCCCCCUUUUCUCUUACCACCAGGUGGACAAGUAUCUCUAUCACAUGCGCUUGUCAGAUGAGACACUCCUGGAAGUGUCAAACCGGUUUGAAAAACAGAUGGAGAAGGGACUUGGAGCAGAGACCAACCCCACAGCUUCUGUGAAGAUGCUUCCAACAUUUGUGCGAUCCACACCAGAUGGGACAGGUAAGACCACUUGUGAAAACAAUCAAAUAAACAAAUAGGAUUUCUAGCGCUAACAGAAAUAUAGGUAGGCAGCUGAAACUACUCAAGCCAGAGUCUCUUCUUUCUGGUAGUGGAUAUGGUGUUGGAUAGUAGUAAGAUAGCAGCACCUAUUGAUUGUCCAAGUAACAGUCAGAUGAUAUUCAAAAUAAGAAAACAGGAAAACAAAAUAUAGUGUUUUUUGUUUUUUCUUGUGAUAAGUGCAGGGAAUUUAAAAAAAAAAAACAUGCUUGCACGUUUUUGGAGCUUCCGACUACCUCCAAGUAUUUGUGUUUGGGUGGUAUUAUCCCCGUCUGUGAAGGCCAGUUUAUCCACAGGCGGGUUCAUACCACCCAAGCGCAAAAACUACAAUGCAAGACAUGUGACUUUUAACCCACUGUUACAGUGUCAUUCCCACUUAUUGCAGUAUAUUUAAGAAUAUCACACACAUACGGCAUUGCUUGUAUUCUUUAGAUAAUUUAAAGAAUUGCUUUAAUUGCUAUUUGGAAAAUAAAUAGAUAUACUUAGUACCUACAUUGAUUGCACCAGAUAUUCCAUCACUUAUGAAACAGAAUAAGAGCAGACUUGCCUCAGGCCUGCAUUUUGGCAGCUUGUUCUGUAUUACAAAAGCAAGAAUGCCUCGGGGCUGUAAAACUGGCAUUGCAAGAAACACCAACUCUUAUUGUCACAAGAUCUCUUUUGCAUAAUUCGUUUUAAGCAACGCUAUUACCUAUAACUUCACUGGUAACUCAGUUUACUCUAUUUUAUAUGCAAGUGUCAUUUUCACGUGUGUACAAUAAUAUUAAUCUACUUGACAAAUUAACAUCUUAAUAAUAAUAAUACAUUUAUACUGGUUGGAAAGAUGCUAGUGCAGGUAUAGGCAAUCUUCGGCACUCCAGAUGUUGUGGACUACAUCCCCCAUAAUGCUCUUACACCCAUAAUGUUGGCAAAGCAUCAUGGGAGUUGUAGACCAAAACAUCUGGAGUGCCAAAGGUUGCCUAUUCCUGUGCUAGUGCUUAUUUACUAAACUAAAAACUGCUGAUAAUUUAUAAGGCAAAUUGUAUAUUUUAUGCCAAAAUAGAGAAAACGAUGCAUUUUUUCCAGCUCUGUUUUGCUCUAAAACUUGCAUUUUGCAAAUGACAACUUAUUUUCCCAUUGUCUUAUGUUAGCUGGGUAUGAAAGUUAUUCUUAAUUUACAUUCUUUUUUCAUGGAGUUUAAAUAUUGUUUAAUGUAAGUGGGUACCACCUGACAAACAUUCAUAGAUACAUUCUAUAGUCAGUAAUUUUUUUUAACUAUUAACUAUCAAGUCUUUCCUCCACUCACAGCAACUCACUCUCUAGUAAAUUGACCCCUCGUGCAGUUAUAAUAUUACUAUAAUUACUAAUAGGUUGUUUCUAGACCUAGGAUAUUAUAUAUUAUUUUAUGUAAACGACAGUAAAGUGAUCCAAUCGUCCAUUAACUGUGCCUAUCAUAAAAUAAUAAUCCUCCACUGAUUAUAGGAAAUGACAAACCUAAACAAUGCAAUAGAGUGAUAGCAAGUGCCCAGUGACCAGUUUGUGACGGCAGCUGUGCGUAUAAGGAAAUUAGCUUUACUCAGUUAUGUUGACAUAGAGUGGGGCAGACACGCAGUGUUUAAACAUUUCAGACCUUGCAGUGUCACCGCUCGCUACUUAUGUAACAGGGAGGUGCCAGCCUGCAAUGGAGCAAGCAGUUCAUCUCAUGGUCAUCACACAAAUGUCUACAUUUACAUGCAGGACCUGAUAUGUAAACGUUCUCCUAUGUGAGACUCUCCAUAGAUGUCCUAUUCAAGGUAGAAUGUAAAAACGCCUGUUUAACCCCUUAAGGACCAAACUUCGGGAAUAAAAGGGAAUCAUGACAAUUCACACAUGUCAUGUGUCCUUAAUCUAUGGAGCCUAGAAUUUCAUGACAUAGUGUUUUCUUAUAAUGUGUGAGAUUUCAUAUUGCAAUCUCACCAUAAUAUGAACCAUAUGAGUUAAAGUAUAAGUUACAUACGGUGUGAAUGUUCCCAAAGCAUUCUUUUCCAAGUCAAAUAAAUAUAUAACACAUGUAUGACAUAUAAAUGUACCUUGCUGCAAAGUCUGGAUUUACAUUGCUGUACUGAUAGUGUGCCGUUCAUCUGUUAUUAGUGAUAGCAAUGUAAAAUACAUUUAUUUAGAGUUAGAGAGGAGAUCACAUUAUUAGUUGAGGGUCAGAUUUAGAAAAUCAAAUUAGCAGGUAUGUUCACAAGUGGCUGCUGGCCCCUGGUGGUUAGUGGCUGCCUGUCUCGAAUGGCCAGUGGCUGCUAACGGCAACCUGGCACUAUUGGUCAGUGGCCGAUUAGUUAUACUGCCAGUGGCAACCUGCUUCUGGUGGUCAGUGGCUAAUUACCUCUAGUGGUUGCUUACCCUUAGUGGCUGUCUGUUAGUAGAGGCUACUGGUUGCAUGUCACAGGUAGAUAAUAGCUGCUUGUAGCUGGGGGCUGUUGGUUGCUCUCCAUUGACAGUGUCUGCUUGGUGGCUCCUAGUGGCUGCUUGCUGCUGGUGGCUAAUGAUUGCCGGUCUCUUGCCUUUGGUGACUAGUGGCUGCAAGCAGCUGGUGGCUAAUAGCUGCUUGCCUUUGGUGGCUAGUGGCUGCUUGCUUGUAAAACAGCUUAAUCCUAUAUCAUAUUUAAUGCACAGAUGAAGCUGCAGUUAUUGUGAAAUACAUUGCCCAUGAUGCUAAGUCAGCAAUAUAAAAUGCUAUAGGCUAGCCAUUCUUGCUCUUUAGAUUUCUAUACCAUAACUAAUUGAGAAAUGCUUCUAUGUUUGCGAAAGCUUUUCACAGGCACAGUCCGGUAGCGAGGCUAAUGAGUUUACAGCCUUUUGAACACACAAGUGUGUAAAUAUAAUUUGUGUAUAGUUUUUUCCGUCAGCGAAUAAUAACCAGUUCCUGCUUCCCUUUGUUGCCUAGAAACAGAAGUGCGUAUGACAUUUGCUUAGUGAAUUUUGUAAUGUAGACAGGACCAUGUGAUAGCAUUUUAACUUGGCUUUCAGGAUCAAUGCGUUCAUUUCCCCACCUUGAGCUAAAUUAUGUCUUUGUAAUCAGAGUCCAUAUGGAUAUAAGAAAAAUGCAAUGAUUCCUUCAUUACACAAUGGAAUUGUCUAUCAAGCUCAAUUUCUUUCACCAUACCACCCACACUCCACAUAAUAACAGGGAAUGUUCUAAUCAUCAAUAGGAAUUCUUUCUAAUAAAGGGACACUCUAAGUAUCAAAUCACUUGCAGAUUAAAAAAGACUUGCAGAUUAAAACAGUACCAUUAGAAAUGUCACUGUGUACAUUUUGCAGCAUCCAUUCCUACUCAUGACUGUCAUUUAGACAUCCAUAAAGAGCUUUGGCGUAAUAUAGAUUCAGUUAUUGAAUCUAUUUGACAUUUUCCAUUAGCAUGCAUUGCAAACUAUGUGUGCGUCCCAUACAUUUUGUGCAAAGCAUUGGAUCCAAUGCUUUUCUAAGAUGUGGACUGGAUACUUAUGGCAAUGCAAAGCAUCUGACUGGACAAAAAUCAUCAAGCUUAAUAUUUUCAUUUAGAAGUAGCAGGCAUGAUGCUGGAAUAAAGGUGAGUUUUACAGUAAUUUUAUUAAUUUAAAUAAGCAAUACUAUAUGUACUAAAAUCUAGUGCACACUUAUUUUUGAAAAUAACGUUUCCAAAAUUUGAAUGUGCAUUAGAUUCAAUGACGCAUUACAUUCGGGGCAUAAUUCCAAAUUUUCCAGAGAAUUUCACACAGCUGAAUUCACACAGCUGAAUUCACACAGGCAAAUUAAAACUGGUGAAUUCAAAGAGGCGAUUUCAAAGAGGCGAAUUCAAACAGACAAAUUUUGGUGAAUUCACACAGUCAGAUUUUGUCACUGAAAGAGGGACUAAGAAAGAAUAGACUUAACAUUUAACACUAAAAUGAGGUGUGCAUUAGAUUGAAUGGCGCAUUAGAUUCGAAUAAAUACGGGUAUUUAAUUUUUUUUUUUUUUUUAAAUUCUUUAUUUUUUAUUGUGCAAGUGAUAUCAAACGAGCCCGUGUUGCCACAUCAGCAGUCACAAGCUUAAUAGAAUCUUACAUUGUCAAACAUGGCAAAUAGAUAGUCUGCACAGUUUUAUAUUAUUAAUAAACAGGUGUUAAACUGAGAAGGCAUCAAUAAUAAUGAGAGCAACAUAAAAUGAGAUAACAUAAGAUUAAAAUAACAUAUGUAUUGGUAGAGAAAACAAGCUAUGAUCAAUAUAGUUUUGGGUUCAACAAUACGUUUCAUUUCUUUCUAGGCAUUAUUAUAACAUUCCUGGGUACCCACAGGGUUGAGGAAUAUGUUGAGUGGGUUAACAGUUAUGUUUUCAAGCUAGGACAGCAGCAUUAAAUAUUAAGGCUAGGAUUAUAUAUAGGAAACAGGUUAACAAGUUUAGUUAAAACGUUUUUAGUCUAUUAAUGACAUUUAUACUGUAGGUACCCAUGGUGAGGUACGCUUGCUGUGAGUAAUUUGUACGAGGUUCUGAUAUAUGCGAACUGGUUAAAACACAAUAAAGAUUAAUUAGUAGGUUAGCUCUGGUUAAAUCACUGAGGGUAACUAAAUAGAUGAGUAUAUGUAAUCUGCUGAGAUUCAGUCAAGCUUAGAAUUAACUUUGACAUAUGUAUGUUAAUAUUGCCUGGUUUGGUACCGGCAAGCUGGGUAUGGCUGUAAGUCCUGAGGGGGACAUGGGUACCUCGCUCGAGGGCACACGGCACUGUCAGCCAGUGCCUCGGCUUGGCAGAGCCAUAUCGUCCCUGGAGGGUCCCAUAGUUAAGGCUUAGGACUGAUUAAUUUUAGAUCUAAUAACAAUGAGGGCAUUAAGGAAACACACUUUCAGAGGAAAAGUAAAAGUCUAACCAGCAGGAGGCCAUUUUUAACUUUGCACUUUUUAAGAGGUGUUUGACUCGCGUGUUGCACAUAAACAUAUUAACUGCAAACAGGUUGAACAUGAAUGGUUACAGACUGCCUUAGGUUAUCACUGAUUAUGGGAUAUCUAGACACCAGUGUCCACUGGAAGGGCUAGGUAGUUUGUCAUAAUUGGAUAUACAAGUUGAAAUCAUGUUUACAUUAUAUCACCAGUAUGUUGAUUUUAAGCUGUUGCAUCAGGAUUAAGGAAACCAGUGUAGUGAGAAUUGAGUGGUGAUGUUUCUGGUGAGUGGGUCUCUUGUGGGAGGCUGGCAGUAGAUGUAGAGCGUACAAUGCUCUGGAGAAGAUGGGUACAGGUGUCCCAGAGCAAUAUAGUCCCCGUGUUGUUUCUGUACGUUGGGCCCUGUAGAGUCUGUAGUGGUCAGGGAUAGGAGAAAGCUGUAGCCCUCGGUAUAAUGGGGUCAGCGUUAGCCGUCUGUGUUACUGUUGAGGUUGGUCGGAUGGUUUGUUGGGCAGCUGUGGGGUACUGUGCAUAGUCCCGGCUAUUUCGUAUUUAUUACCUUCCCAGUGUCUGGCGUUGUGUCAGGUUCCCCGGGGACUUGUGUGGUAUCUCUCCUAGGAGGUGACCGCCGCAUAAGUAAUCGGCGUGGAGUCUCGUGGAAUGAACGGUGUGCCCAGUGACCAGGUAUGGGUUGAAGGAGUAUCGUUGGUUAGCUCCGCCUGGGUGAGAUGUUCAUGUGGCAGUCCCAGAGUCCGCAGUAAGUUCUCGAAGUCAUUUAAUUAAUAUUCUAGAUUUGAUCCUUGUCCUGUACGGUAAUCCACUGUGGCCAGGUGCUGGCAGGCGCCUCUGCUCCACUUAGGUGGUGACCGCAGCAUAGGUGACUGGUGUAGGAUUUCGAGGCACAAAUGGUACGCUGUUCGCCGGGUCCCAGUUGGAAUUCGGAGUGAAGGGGCCCUGGAGGCCCGUUUGGAGGAGUGAGUCCCAGGUUAGGCCUAAGGCCAGUAGUAGCUCUGUUGCGUCUUGUGGGUCAUGAAUUUGGUAGGUGGUCUCGCCCCUUUGCACGGUUAGUAUGUGAGGGGACCUCCAGCGGUACGGGAUCUUUCGGUGCUGAAGUGUGGCGGUGAGGGGUCGGAGCGAUCUGCGCCAUGCCAAGGUUCCCCUCGACAGAUCGUUAUAGAAGGUGAGUGUUGCGUUCUCAAAUUUCAAGGGAGUUUUACCUCGGAGAGCGUUGAGGACCAUUGCCUUGUCCCUACCAUUCUUAAAGGUCAGGAUUGUGUCCCUUGUGGUUGCCACUGGGGCCCCAGUAGGCUUUGGGAUCCUGUAAAGGUCUGUGGGUUUGAUGGACGCGUGUUGACCCGGGGGGAAUAUGGCGGCCAAGAGGUUUUGGAUCGUGUGUGGGAGAUCUGCCUCUGGUGGUCCCUCCGGGAUCCCCCUGACCUUAAUAUUGUGUCUCCUUCUCGUGUCUUCUUGGGUAUCCAGGCGCCGUUCAAGUAGUGUGUGUUUGCUGUGCAGCUCUUGCACUUUGUCUUGCAGUGCGGUGAUGCUGCGCUGGUGGUUUUGAGAGGAGUCUUCCAGCUCGGUAAUCCGGCCUGUCAGGCCCUGCAGUUCUCCUCUCAGUGCGGAGACGUCUGUGAGGAUAUUUUUCUGCAGGUCAGCCAGUAAGGCUUUCAGUACUCCGGUGGUGACUAGGUCUGCAUCGGGGUCUGACCUUGGUUUGCCCGGUGUAGGUUUCCCUUUUGGGGCUGGUGUUUGGGGGUAGUCUUCGUCCGCUUCCUCUGAGUAUUCAUCAGAGAAAUCCGUGCAGCCCCCGUGGAGCGCCGCCAUAUUGGCAUCACUCGGGCCGCAUGCUUGCCUCCACAUUUCUCCAAUUGUGAGCCCAGGGCCUGAAUUAUCCGGCAAUCUUUUCUUAUUUUUGCGACCCAUGGAGCCUGCGGGGUUCCUGCGUGGGGUCUGGUUAUAGUAGGGGUAAUUUUGUUUGGGAUUAGGUUUGAUUUCUCCGUUUGCAUUACGGAGCUCCAGAAUUGUGCGACCGGUUGCCUCUGCUGCUUGGCUCCGCCCCCGGGUAUUUAAUAUUUUAAGAAUAAGGAACACUUAAUAUUUUAAGAAUAAGGAACACAUCUAAUAUAUACACAUAUAUAAAAUGAACUCCGCAACAAGGAUAAAGAUAUGGCUUUGUGGUAAGUAAAAAUGUUAGGGUAGCACCAGUCUACCUGAUAUUGGUGGUAGUUAAAUACACUCUCGUGAUAUUUACAGCUGUUCCUGUUAAUUCAGUCCUGCUCCUGAUAAUAAAUUAGGGAGCUGCUAGCGAGAUACAUUCACCCUAUUUUAUGGAACAAUGGAGGUGGCUGCAAAUAGAGCCAGUGUUUUUAUUCUAGUAUUCUGUUGCAAUGAAUAAUAAACAUUUAUUUUAAAGCCAUGUGUUACUUUGUGUUACACCUUGCCUGCUGGGGUACUCUGCUCCUGAAUUUGCGCAAACUAAGCUUUACUGAAGCCAAGGGGUUCAGCUCAGGAUAGGUUACACUCAGGGUGGGUUAGGAAUGCUUAAUAUUAAGUUGCCCCUAAGCAUGUUCCCUCUAGGUAUUUUGGGCAAGCUCCCAAGCCCUAACACUGCUAUGAAAAGAAUCAGGCAAUGCCGCACACUGAUGUUUGCAUUGCCCAUCUUUUGUUCCUAUUUAGACUAUGAGGUGUGGUUCUUUAUAAUGACUCAUUUCUUUAACUGUUUCAGUUCUGGAUUACUCCCAACCAUUGACUGGAUGAAAACCGGUCCUAGGCUCUCGCUCCCUGUGUUUCACUUUUCCUCUCUUUGGGUAUAAAAACAUAAGUAUCUCAGGAGUACAGCAUGUGCAUGAAAGUAUUUAGGGCUUUUUAUUUACACAGAACAUUUAAUAGACACGGCCUAACUAUACAGAAUAUCUAACUUCCUUAUGAUAAAUAAUGUGCCUUGACUGUCAUAAUUUUAUAGCAUUUUCCUAGCCUCUAGUCCUAAAGGAGUUGAAAUAAAGUAAAUAAAGUUAAUGAAUUAUGCAUGUAAUUUCAAAAUAAGAGCCAUAAUUGCUACAAAUUUAAAAGAGAAACUUUGUUGAAAGAUUAGCUUGCAAUCUAAAGUCCCUGGUGAGAGUGUUUCCUAGAAAACAGAAGUACAGCUGUAUUCUAACAUUUAUAGAAACCACGUGACAGCCUCCACUGUUGUUCUAUGUUUAAAUAGCUCUGUCUGCAGCAUGCAGCAAUAUUGCUUGAUUCUUCAGCGCUGGUAUCAGAUGGGUUAAAUGAGCGCUGUCUACAUUUGAUUUCAAUGGAUGUAAUUGUACCAGGACAAUGGUCCUGGGGUGUGUAAUCCUUCCCAGUCACGCAAGCACAGCACAUUCACUGCUCAGAAUAGGGUUCUGAUACAAGGUCAGAUCAGGUCUCUAACAUCCAGCCCUACCAAUGAUGUGGUUCCACUGGGCAAAUAGCCUUUCAUUAUGGUAGAUAAUCUCAUGAUUUGCAGGUAAUAUGAGCUACACCAUUUUUUCUCAGAUACUGUAUAAUCAGCAUUACUUAUCUGAAAUAAUGGGAGGAACAUGCUUGUUCCCAGGUCAGGGAUGACGGCUCGGUAUUGAUAGCAGAGACCAGGAAAUUUGAAGGAAUCAAAUGUCUACACACUGUAUUUGCUUUAGUUUCUAAAACACAUGUACAUAUGGACCUCAGGUAACAAACCCAAAGCAUUUACAUCCUUGGCUAAUGCACUCAGGGUUGUAAGAGAGCUCAGUUAAUGCACCAGCCAUAGAAACAGUUAAAACAUCAACGCUUCAUGUCCUUCUGUGGUUGCCAAAGUGUGCUGAGUAGGCUAACAGUAUCUUUUCUCUUACGGAAUCCUUGAAAUUUUAAAGGAUAUUUUUAUUAUUUUAUAAAUGUCAAGAUGAAUUGGUUAAUAUAUUUCAAGAGACAUGUACAAACAAUUUCUUGUUCCCACUUUCCACAAUUUUGUGAGAUGGGAUGAAAAGUUCCCACAAGGCAGAUAUUUCAAUUUUGACUAUCUCUAAUAAAAGCAAGUGGUUGUCUGUCUCUUCUAAUCUGUUCAUUUUUUACAUAAUCAACAUGCUAAUUUUAAUAUAUACCACCCACACUGUAAAAUUAUAUGUUGACAUGCUAUAUCUACUUUCUGUUUUUUUCUUUAUCAACCUCUUAAGGACUGAGCCAAAUGUACACGUUUUGUACACGAUCAAAAUAAAACAUAAACAAAACUUGCAAUUUGCGCUCUAUGUCUGUUCAACUGCUAUUUACCUCUUUCAUAUUAUGUGCACCCACACUUAUUAUAUAUCAUUUUAUUCAGGGCUUUCAUUUAACAUCAAAUAUUGAGCUAUGAAACAUAAUUUAAUAUGAAUAAAAUAUAAAAAAUUAUGAGAAAUUAAGAAAUGUUAUUAUUUUUUUAGUUCUACAUGACAUUUUAACUGUGAAUGUCAUAAUACUGUUUGCUUUUAAUGAAAUAAAAUACACAUAUUUGUAUUCAGCUAUGUCUCACAUGUAAAGCAGUACCGCCCAUGUACAUGUUUUAUGGUGUUUUGGGAAGUUACAGGGUCAAAUAUUGCAUGUUACAUUUUUCAGUUUUUUCACAUUCAAAUUCGCCAGAUUGGUUACGUUGCCUUUGAGACUGCAUGAUAGCCCAGGAAUGAUAAUUACCCCCAUGAUGGCAUACCAUUUGCAAUAGUAGACAACCCAAGGUAUUGCAAAUGGGGUAUGUCCAAUCUUUUUUUAGUAUCCACUUGGACAGUGUAUGUGUGUGUGUAUAUAUAUAUAUAUAUAUAUAUAUAUGAUCUAAGUAUAUAUCAUUUAAUUUUAAACUGUUUUUAACUUUUAUUUAACUUUAUUACAGGCAGCAGGGGGACUACCUGUCAUUCCAGGCACUCCCCCUGCUGGCACUGCUAUGGACGUCUAUUCCGUCCAUGUGAUCGUGAGGUCCUCGCAAGGACCUCGCGAUCACAUGGCCCAGGAGUGCUGGAUCAGCAGCAGGAGGACUCCCAGGGAUGCCAGGUAAGUCCCCCAUCAGUUAAUGUAAUAAGAAACUCAAGAGGCUGCUUCGUAUUUUAAUACAUUUUACUUUUAAGGUGACAAUUUAGCUUUACCAACUUUUUUUUUCAAGUUCUUAAUUGUGUCAUCCCAGUAGAAGUAAGUAUAAGCCCCACUGACCUCUGCAGUACUUAAGUGUGCGGGUGACAUCAUCACACCAUGACACUCUGGGCACGCUCGGGUUAUGACCCAGGACAUACUUGAAAAUGAGAGAGAUCUCAGUGUAUCCUUCCUGAUAAAAUAUUUUUUAAAUACUGAGAUAAUGUUGAGAAAUUCUGUACCAGUGCAUGGUUGCACAUUUACUUAGUCCAUGGCACUAAGGUAGUUAAAAUAAAUGACAUGAUAUGCCCUGGCUGUGUCAGGACAAUCAGGUAUAUAAACUGAUCAGUUACAAUACUAAAACCACCUGCUUGUAGGCUCCCCUUGUGCUACCAAAACAGCUCUGAUGCAUUGAGGCAUGGACUCCACAAAACCUUCAAGCAUGUACUGUGAUAUCUGGCACCAAGACAUUAGCAGCAGAUGCUGGUUGGGCCUCCAUGAAUCGGAUUUGUUUUUCCAGCACAUCCAACAGAUGCUCAAUCAAAUUGAGAUCUGAAGAAUUUGGAUUUCAAAACAUUCCUGAGGAAAGGGAUUUAGGGUUGAUUAUUUCUGAUGACGUAAAGGUAGGCAGACAAUGUAAAAGAGCAGCAAGAAAUGCCAGCAGAAUGCUUGGUUGUAUAGGGAGAGGUAUUAGCAGUAGAAAGAGGGAAGUGCUCAUGCCAUUGUACAGAACACUGGUGAGACCUCACUUGGAGUAUUGUACACAGUACUGGAGACCGUAUCUUCAGAAGGAUAUUGAUACCUUAGAGAGGGUUCAGAGAAGGGCUACUAAACUGGUUCAUGGAUUGCGGGAUAAAACUUACCAGGAAAGGUUAAAGGAUCUUAACAUGUAUAGCUUGGAGGAAAGACGAGACAGGGGGGAUAUGAUAGAAACAUUUAAAUAUAUAAAGGGAAUCAACACAGUAAAGGAGGAGAUUAUAUUUAAAAGAAGAAAAACUACCACAACAAGAGGACAUAGUCUUAAAUUAGAAGGACAAAGGUUUAAAAAUAAUAUCAGAUAACGCCUGGCUAAACAGUGAGAAUUGGUGAAUUCAAAAACCAUAGCUGUAACACUAGAAAUUACCAGGGACCUGCGUGUCCGGCAAUAUUGUGGGCCUGCGAGCCCGAGAACGUUCCCACACGUCAUGCUACCUACGCUAAUGAAUGGUGCUCAUGCUAUUGUAGAUCUUGAUAUGUCUCUUGGGACCUGCGAGUCCUAUUUUUUCUCGACUUUGACAACACAAAUAAAACAGAUUUAAAAAAAAAUAUAUAUAAUAUCAGGAAGUAUUACUUUACUGAGAGGGUAGUGGAUGCAUGGAAUAGCCUUCCAGCUGAAGUAGUAGAGGUUAACACAGUAAAGGAGUUUAAGCAUGCGUGGGAUAGACAUAAGGCUAUCCUAACUAUAAGAUAAGGCCAGGUACUAAUGAAAGUAUUUAGAAAAUUGGGCAGACUAGAUGGGUCGAAUGGUUCUUAUCUGCCGUCACAUUCUAUUUAUCUAUGUUUCCUGAACAUUUUUUGCAGUUUGGCAGGGUGCAUUAUCCUGCUGAAAGAGGCCACUGCCAUCAGGGAACACUAUUGCAAUGAAGGGAUGUACGUGGUAAGCUCACUUCCCCAUUGAAGACGUUUUUGGAGGUGAACAGGAGUCAUCAUGGGCACUCAGAUCGGUCUGCGGUUACUCAGCCCCAUACGCAGCAAACUGAGAUGCACUGUAUAUUGUGACAUCUUUCUAUCUUGGCCAGCAUUUUUUUUUCUUUUUUUUUUUAGCAAUUUGAGCUACAAUAGCUCUUCUGUGUGACAGAACAAGAUGGGCUAGCCUCUCCCCACAUGCAUCAACAAGCCUUGGGCUCCCAUGAUCCUGAUGCUUAAUUUAACCGGUUGUCUUUCCUUCCUUGCACCACUUUUGGUAGGUACUAACCACAUACUGAGAACAUCCCACAAGACUUGCGGUUUUAGAGAUGCUCUGACCCAAUCACUAUUUGGUCCUUGUCAAAGUCACUCAAAAACUGACUGUACAAUUGCUGCUUAAUGUAUCCCACCUCUUGACUAGAGCUUUUGUAACAAUAUAAUCAAUGCUAUUAAAUUCACCUGUCAGUGGUUUUAAUGUGGCUUACCAGUGUAAUAUAAAUAGUAAAAUAAAAUUGAACUUACAUAAAAUAAAAAGAUGUCAAGCAAAAUCUUUGCAAAAAAAAAAAAGACCCUCCCAACACAUAUACACAACAGAUGUGGCCAUACCCUAUAUAGGGGUUAUAGUCAUUUGUACACUGAUUUACACAAACAUAAAUUUCUUGGCACCAAAGUUCUGUAGACUGUCAGAAAUAUGUCUUUGAUGUGAGUGGUUUUGUUAAAAGGCUUCUAUCACCAUGUACUUAUGGAUUCUUACAAUGUACACUUCAAAGAACAUACUCUAUAAUAAUGCUGUAUUGGCAGAAUUGAACAGAACAUAUUGCAAAUGCUAAAUGUGCACAUUAAAUGUUUAAAGUUGCCUCAGUUGUUACCUGGUGUUAUCACCAUGAUAGUGUAUACCUAUUAACAACAUGGAACACAUUCUUCUCUUUUAGAAAAUGGAGAUUUCUUGGCAUUGGACUUGGGAGGAACAAACUUCAGAGUGUUACGGGUGAAGGUUUCAGAUAAUGGGACAAAGAAAGUGGAGAUGGAGAACCAGAUUUAUGCCAUUCCAGAGGAUCUGAUGCGAGGCAGCGGAGCUCAGGUGAGACCGUUUAUAUGAAUUAUUAUUAUUUCAUAGAUUAUCAGCAGAACAUAACGAUCUUCCACCCGUACCCAUACAUUCUGUCCAUCCACACAAUACAUACACCAGUGAGGACCAAAGACUCUAAACGUUGCCAGUUCCUCCAAGAACAAAUAAAUGAAUAGAUGAAUACGUACAUUGUUUUAUGUGUUUUGAUUUUCUUCAUAUUAUUCCAACAGAGCACUUUGAAGUGUGAUAGACGAGUAUGUAAUGGUUACAUUUCGUUCGAAAAUCUUUACAAGUUUUUUCCAAGGCAUCUAAUUCUCAGUGUAUUUUUCCUAUUUGUUAAGUAAUUUGAUGAUAGGUCAGCAGGGUGUAAUUAAUGCAGUACGCAGUUACCCUCCAAAAUCUGCCCUCCUCAGCAUUUUGCUCAGCUCCUCGGCUGUGAUAGCAGCUUAUUGCCUGAACACAAGUACAGUUUCCCUGCCAGUAAGUGAUUUCGGAAUAAAAACACGGCUGUCUGACUACAAUAACUUGCACAAUCCCGGCUCCAUUCUGACUAGCGCUUGCCAUCUUUAGUUCAGUGAUUUGCUUUGACAUGUUAUGUCAGGCGCCUGCCAAUGAAAACACCCAGAUUAAAAAAAUCAUGUCCUGUAAAUAGUGGCCCAACCUUGAACUAUUCAAAUACUGCUAAACCACUGGAUGCCUUAGGAGCUUGAAGGAGGGUUUUUAUCAGGUGAAUGCUUUCAUUAGCUUCUCAGUCGCAUUAAGAAAUGGUCAAAGAUAAUUUCGAGAAUGAAAACUCUCUAUCUUUUUUUUAGAUAAUUUACCAGAUAUAUUUUAUUGCAGUGGAAUAUUUUGAAGGUGCUGAUAACAGCACAGUAUAGAUGCAAUGUGUGUUCUAUAGUUCUGGAUAGCACUAAGCAGUACAUAUGAAUAUAUUCCAUAAACACUUGAUAAUGUGCCACUUUUGUGAUUGCUCUGGGGAUUACUAACAUGCCACAGCAAGUUGAUCUCCAUAUGUAAUAGCUCACAACUCUUACAUAUAUGACUUAAGUGCACAAUGCCUUGGGCUCACUGGUUGUAUAGGGUUGGCCAUUAGAAGCCUCUUGGAGUGUUUAUUAAAAAGAAGUAAAUUGUAAAAUACAAGUAAUUUGAAAUAAGCUUAUUAUACAUCUUAAGUCAGAUUAGGUAACAUUUUUAGCUUUGUCUUUCUAAGUCUGUCUACGAAGUCAUGUUUCAUUAACCUUCUCAAUGCCCAAACAGGGAGCAAGGAAUUGCCCAUCUGUUUCUCAAAGUGCAGUGUAGAUAAGGGGCUCUUUCAUACAUCCUGUGUCACGCUGUGUCACAGAAGUAUAAUAAUAAUAAUAAUAAUAAUGGAGCAUUUCCUUUACUCAAACUGCCUGAACGGUCAGAGAACAGCAGGCCCAUGCACUUACAGUGACCAGGUGUAGCUUCCAAACAAAGACAUCUAUGCAAAAUGUUAAGCCUAAUUUACAACUUACUCUGCACAUGGACAUAAAAGCAAGGUUUACAUUUAACCCUCUACAUGACUGUUUAUUUUGUGUUGAUGUACUAGAUGUAAUGACUGGAGCACAGCUAGAUGUCAUAAUACACCUGUUAAACUACGCUUGUUUUCUAAAAUCCAAAUAUUUGGCUGAACUGCAUUUCUCUAGGACAUUUGCUUUGAACACUUUUUUUGCAGACAUUUUGCCACUAGCAUCUUAAAUGAUGAGUGGUAAUUAUUUCCAUGCAUAUUCCACACACCGUAGAUGGUGUGUUUAAAUUACAUUUUACAUGUGCUAAUGUAAGAUGUAUAUUGCAAGGUACAUCAGUACGUCACAUACAUGCAGUUCCUAUGUGUAUAUGGCAAAUGAAAUGUUUUAGGGAUUACACUGAUACUGAAGGACAUUCAACUUACAAGUUCUGAAUAUACAGCUUUAGUAGUUGCCCUAUAUAUGCUCUGUACAGAGCCACAAAUUGAUAGAAUUCAGUAAUCUUUAUAUGUUAAUUGACAUUCUCAUCAUUUCGUCUGAUUGCCCUUGGAACCUUCAAUGAAAACUGAAGAUUUGAAGGCUAUCUAGCCCUGCGUAAUAUGUUGUCAAUGUACUCCCAGUUUCAUUUAUAUGUUUGUUUUCUGGUGAAAUCAAUUAACCUAGAAUAAGGUGUGAAUGUUGUAGAUUAAUUAGAGUUGUUCUUUUAAUUGCAGCUGUUUGACCAUAUUGCUGAAUGCUUGGCCAACUUCAUGGAGAAGCUGAACAUCAAAGACCGGAAGCUUCCUCUGGGAUUCACGUUCUCGUUUCCCUGUCAUCAGACCAAACUGGAUGAGGUAAAUUGGUUGUAAUUAACCUAUAGGAAAAUAUAAAGCUUAGCCAUCACUGGGCUAAGCUGGUUUCAGGACAUGACAUCUUGAAUUAUUAAUAUUAGUGGAGUCUCGUGUCUCGAACAUUAAAAUAGUCAAAUUAGGGCGCUGGUUUUUGUUGGAGAAGUGAUGAGAGAUGAAGUCCUACUUAUUAAUAUAAUUUAAAAAUGUAAAGCAAAGUUAAAAACGUUUAAUUUAAUAAACUGAUUCCUAAACACAUUCACUAUAAUUUCAAGGCCAGUUUGCUAUAUGUGUGAUACAUUCAUACAUCAAAUAUUCUGAGCACCUAGAAAAGAGGCCCUCUAGGAAAGAAUAGGGGAUAGAACGGUACGGGUCCUGAAGAGGUUCACCCUGGAGGUAUGGAGUCUAAUAUAAAUAAAUCUAUGAUCCUUGUUAAAGUGUGCAGAUCCCGCAAAAAACACAGGCAACUAGCAAAACACACCACAGAAACGGACAUAAAUAUGUAAUUUAUUCUAUGUUAAAGAGACUUUUACACAGCUGGUAUUUAGAUAAUGCCUUGCCUGAGACUAAUAUGCACUAAGUACACAAUAGACUGGAAGAUUAUUUAGUGUACACUUACUAUACACUUUGAAAUGAACUCUUAUGGGUGGUGGAGUUUACUGUUCUUGUUUUAUCACAGAUGAUUUUAAUUUACAGUAUAUUUAACUCCUUUUGUGAAAUUCAAUCAGCAUGCAAAAAAAAAAAGAAAAUGCAAAACAGGAUGGUAUGUCUGUCCUAAGCAACACCUGACUACAUGUCUAUAAUUGCAUAACAUCUAGCCCAUGAAUGAAAACAAUUAUACCUUUCCUGGAGUGGUAUUCACGUUUCAGUAAAAUUUAAAUAUUGUUGUUGUAGCAUAGGAGUUAAAGAUUUUAUUCACUUGUUACACCUAGCCAUGUUAAAUUUAUUGUUUUCUCUUGUUCUGUUUGAAGAGCAUCUUGGUAAAUUGGACCAAAGGAUUCAAGGCCUGUGGGGUAGAAGGAAAGGAUGUAGUCACAUUGUUACGGAAAGCAAUCAAGAAACGUGGGGUACGUAUGCUCUCCUCUUUAUCUAGUUAGAAACCAAAUCCAAUUUUGGAAAUAUGUGGUUACUUAUUUUAUGAGAUGUAUGUAUUUUGUGGUUAACAAAAUGGGCCCACCUUUGCUCCAGAUUAAUGACGAGGCAGCAAUGCUUUGGCACUGUGUCUGCAAAUGGUUUCAAUCCCAUUGUAAAGCGCUGCGGAAUUUGACGGCACUCUAUAAAUAUCAUAAUAAUAAUAAAUAAUAAUAAAAUUAAGAAAAUAUUGUGGACCUUCAGUUUUUUAUUAUUAAUAACAGCCCACAGCUCAUGUGAAUUAGGAGGAUGAUCCUACUAUUGAAAAAGUUUAAGUGGAAACUCCAGGCAACCAAAACAACUUAAUCUAAAUUAAGUUGUGAUGGUGCCAGGAGGCCCCACUGAUUGGCUGAGAGUGGUCAGCUGACGCUUUCAGACAAUCAGUGACUCUCAAUUCUCUAAACUGGCUUGGAAAGAAACGUACCUUUUCCAAAGGUACGCCGCUGGAAAACGGUUUAACCCCUUGAGUUAUGAGUGCUUCCUGGCACCAUAACAACUUAUUUGUGUUGCCUGGAGUGUCCAUUUUAGGUGGCACUCUCAAAUAAACAAUCAAAACAUCAUGAGACAAAGUAGGAACUAUUUUGUCUUCUGUAGAAGGCAGUAUGUUGAAAAUGCCAACACUGCAUCUUGGCAUUUUCCAUCAGUUGUCACUAACUAUCUCUGAUAGGAACAGGCUGCUUAUCUUAUCACAAGACACUCUGUAAAUGCCACAGGUACAGGCAAGAUAAUACCUGUGGUGGACAUGUGCCCCAUAAUGUACUAACAUGCCACAGCAAGUUGAUCUCCAUAUGUAAUAGCUCAAAACUAGCUCACCAGUGUGCUGGUGACUUAGUCUGCAAUAAACUUAGGAUAUCCUGGUUACUGAACAUAAACGUGUCAAUGAGAGAGAGCCUAAAUUCUCGUUUCUUUCUUCCUAUGUGAAAACGGCAAGGACUCUAGGAAUGACUAUGGUAAAUGAUCUUGCUGCCUUUGUGCCCUACUGGUGUCAGACAGGAGUCACCUGUGCAAGUGUGACACGUGUCUGGCCUAAAUGUAGUUUGUAUGCAUGUAUUUGCUAUAGUCAGAGAUGGGACUAAAGGUGCCUGUUAUAUUUCUAAUUCUUUCCUUUCAUUGCAGGAUUUUGACAUUGACAUUGUGGCUGUUGUAAAUGACACGGUGGGAACCAUGAUGACUUGUGGAUUUGAUGACCACAAUUGUGAAAUUGGUCUUAUUAUUGGUAAGUAUAGAAUGACUUUUCCCAUAUAACUGUGAGAGAACAGGCGCAUUGGAUACACCAACUGGUUUGUAAUUGAUACUGCUGAAUCUUCAGGUCAAUCAUAUUAAUAAAUGGAACUGGUUGCAAACCUUAAUGAUUGAGGUUUAUUCACCUACCUCCUUUAUCCCACUGCCGUACUUGCAUGUUUAUUGCUGGGUGCUCUCGGGCUAGUGCCCCCUCAAUUGAUAUAUCAGUUGUGCUAUAUCUUAAAACUGAAGUUUGAAUUGAGUGUACUCAGUUUGUACCUGUGUCUCCCUGAGUUUUGUUCAGCCAAUAUUGGGAUAGAACUCACAGGUCUUAUGGUCGAUGGUUGUGUCCUGUAUGCUCCCAUUGAGUGAAUACUUUAAAUGUUUCUUUGUUUAUACAGGUACAGGUACUAAUGCAUGUUACAUGGAAGAUAUGAGGCAUAUUGAUCUGGUGGAAGGUGACGAAGGACGGAUGUGCGUGAAUAUGGAGUGGGGUGCAUUUGGAGAUGAUGGAUCCCUGAAUGAUAUUAGGACUGAGUUUGACCGCGAAAUCGACAUGGGAUCUUUAAAUCCAGGCAAACAAAUGCAAGUAUUUCUGGUAAUUGGGGUUUGUGCAAAAGAACAUAGCACCACUCAUGGAUAUUUUAUUAGCAUUGCAAAAAUAUUUAAAAAGGAGAAGAAAUUAUGCUGGCAUAAAUAAAACAGAAAUACAGACUAUAUAUCAUCUCUCUUACUAUAUAAAUUACUAUCUACAUUGCUAGCUUAGGUUAACUGCAGCAGCUCAAACAGUGUUUUGUUUUUAUAUGUAUGGAGGAAGAGUGUGCAAUAGACAUCUUUCACUCCAAUUUAUGACUUGCAUGCAGACAUACCAUUGGCGUAGUCCUAAUGUAUAUGUCCAUACAUACAUCAUUCUUUACAUAUACACAAUCAUGGUGUAUGUUGAAUUCUCUAAUUUCAGGGUGGAUUAUCAGCCUGCAUUUUGCUCAUUUGUACAAGGAGCAGACUGAUACAUACAGUAUUUUCUUUAUAAAUGUAUGUAUUUACAUGUUUUGUUUAUGUAUGGGGAAUAUCUGUGCUCAAUACUUUUAGUUUAUACUCUGUCUUUAGUCUUGUGUUAGUAUGUAUCCAUAAUAUUGGAUGCAAUGAUUUUUUUCAGUAAAACAACAGCGCCACCUGCUGGUUAUUUCCUGACUUCCAUAACGCAAAUUAGUUCAAAGAUAAGGGGGAGAUGUGGAUUAAUGGAAUAAGAUGUAAGCAGGGGUAUUAUAGAAAUGGGAUUCAGGAAGGGUUUCAUGCUUGUUUUUUAAUGUUCUCUCUUGUAGGUUUGAGAAGAUGAUUAGCGGAAUGUACAUGGGAGAGUUAGUCAGGCUUAUCUUAGUCAAAAUGGCCAAAGAAGAUCUUCUUUUUGGCGGCAGGAUUACAGCCGACCUCAUGACUACUGGACAUUUUGAAACCCGUUUCAUCUCAGAUAUUGAAAAGUAAGACAGAACAGAACUUGUCACUACUGACCUAAUGAUUCUGUUAGUUUUUUUUUUCUGUAGUAAAGUAAGUGUUCAUUAUAAACCUGGACAAGAGUAUGAUCUGUUACAGUGAUGGCUAACCUUGACACCAUAAAUUGUUUCUGGACUACAUUUCCCAUGAUGCUCAGCGAGCUUUUAGAGUCUAAAAGCUAGCUGAGCAUUAUGGGAAAUGUAGUCCAGAGGCAAUUUAUUCUGUCAAAUUUAGCCAUCACUGAUCUAUUUCCUUCACCUGCGUGAUUCCAGGAUGUAAAAACCCUUGCACAAACAAGGAUUAUAUAUGAAUACACACUAGUCAUAGACUGAUAAAGCUGUAAACCAGCUCAAUGAAGACAAGCCUGUACACAGAAACAGGCUGCAACUCGAGUGGCUGAUGUAAUGCCCUUGCAAACUCAGACGACUCUGCCCACCUUCAUUUCACUUCUACUUAUUAAUGUGACUCUUAAGAGUCCCUAUAAUUUAUAGUCAGCAUUUAAAUAUAAGGCGAUGUGCCUUGGAAUGCUGAAUUUUGAUGUAUUAGCCUCACUGUGAAUGUUUUACAACUUUAUUUUCAGGUUUAUAACGAACGUUCAUAUGAUACUGAACCCCCUUUAUUUAAAUCUUACCUUUCUCCAGCACCGGGCUCCCUCGGCGCUGGGGACUCUCCUUCCUCUUCCGCCAAUUGCGCGCCUUCAGUCAGCCUUAGAGUCUAAAAGCUAGCUGAGCAUUAUGGGAAAUGUAGUCCAGAGGCAAUUUAUUCUGUCAAAUUUAGCCAUCACUGAUCUAUUUCCUUCACCUGCGUGAUUCCAGGAUGUAAAAACCCUUGUACAAACAAGGAUUAUAUAUGAAUACACACUAGUCAUAGACUGAUAAAGCUGUAAACCAGCUCAGUGAAGACAAGCCUGUACACAGAAACAGGCUGCAACUCGAGUGGCUGAUGUAAUGCCCUUGCAAACUCAGACGACUCUGCCCACCUUCAUUUCACUUCUACUUAUUAAUGUGACUCUUAAGAGUCCCUAUAAUUUAUAGUCAGCAUUUAAAUAUAAGGCGAUGUGCCUUGGAAUGCUGAAUUGUGAUGUAUUAGCCUCACUGUGAAUGUUUUACAACUUUAUUUUCAGGUUUAUAAUGAACGUUUAUAUGAUACUGAACCCCCUUUAUUUACAUCUAGCUAGUGCUGCCUCAGUUUCAUUGUCUUGAUUGAUGUAUCGUAUGUUGAAACUCAGUGACUAAAUUACUGACAGGGAUAUUCGCUAAACAAGGAACCGACCACAAAAUUGCAAAUAAUCCAGCAAACUAGUAAACAUUUAAAAUAACUCCACUGUUACAUUGGGGAUAUUUAUCAAGGUGUUUUGUUUCAAAAAUGGGGUGUGACUAGUGCUGUAUAAACAAAGUGAUUUAACUCUUAAAUGGCAGAGAAUAGAACAGUGAGACUGCAGGCGCAUGAUUUAUACACCAAAACUGUUUUAUUAAAGGACCACUAUAGGCACCCAGACCACUUCAGCUCAAGGAAGUGGUCUGGGUGCCAGGUCCAUCUAGGGUUAACCCUGCCAGAGAAACUGCUAUGUUUACUUUAGGGUUAAUCCAGCCUCUAGUGGCUAUCUCAUUGACAGCCGCUAGAGGCGCUUCCGCGCUUCUCACUGUGAUUUUCAAUCAGAUGGUUUUCAAUCAGAUAAUAAAUUACUUUAGAAGUUUUUAUCUCCCGCUCUGUCAAUUGAACUUUAAUCAAGCUACCAAGCUAUUAACAGAGCAGGAGAUAAGAAAUUCUAAAUCAAACAGACUGUACAAUAAAGGAUGUGUGAACUUUAGGUAUCACUUUACAGGAAGUGUUAGGAAGGCUGUGCAAUGUACAUGAAGGUAGGUGUGCUUAGGGCUGCAUAAACAAAGUACUUUAACUCCUAAAUGGCAGAGAAUUGAGUAGUGAUACUGCAGGGGCAUGAGCUAUACACCAAAAUUGCUUCAUUAAGCUAAAAUUGCUUUGGUGACUAUAGUAACCCUUUGACGCUGUCCAUUAAUCAUGAUUCCUUGUUUAGUAUAUAAACAUAUUAGGGUGUAGAUCAUUAAUUUACACAUUGGAAACUAGCAUGCACGUAGUUUAAUUACAUCUUGGAACCCCACAUGUACAGAACUAAAUCAUAUAUUUAGCCCAGAUUAGAUAUUGCUAGACUGCAUUCCGGAGUCAAGUGUGUGGAUCAGCUGUAGGAGUCAACAUCUGUAUAGACCUGAAUGCUAUCAGAAUUCUGAGCAUUUAUGCAGUGUGUGUUUAUAUAAUAUAUAUAUAAAAAACUAAUUUCCUAAAUGUACAUACAAUGCUGAGCUAAGAUGCCCAAACAGUUUUCCUCACUUUGCUUUUACCAUUGCAGGGAUAAAGAAGGGAUUCAGAAAGCCCAUGCAAUUUUAAGCAAAUUGGGUUUGGAGCCAUCCCAUGAGGACUGUGUGGCCACUCACAGAAUCUGUCAGAUUGUAUCUACCCGUUCUGCCAAUCUUUGUGCUGCGACUCUAGCUGCUGUGCUGCGGCGGAUCCGGGAAAACAAAGGUGUGGAGAGGCUGAAAUCCACAGUGGGAGUGGAUGGAUCUGUCUACAAAAACCAUCCACAGUAAGUGAGAUUCUGGUACCGGCAAAAGUACAAUGGGUUUUCAACAAACCAACAAGCAUUGUUUUAAUAGAUAAACUUUGUACACAGUUUUCCAAAGAACUUUAAUCCAAACAUUCUAAGAUUAGUAUAGAUAGAAAAAGACACCAUUUCCAUAGUUUGCAAACAAUGUCAUCAGUCUGCAUGAGAAAUCUCAUGAAUGUUAGCUUGAUGUACUAAAAUCUAAGACAAGGAGAUUUAUAUUGGAGUUAAAAAAGGGGGUCGGAAUCGGUUCAGCGGUGGUUGAUUCCCAGUUCCAUAGAAGAUGAAAGAAAAUUAUUCAGUACAGUAUGUUAGGAUAGAAUUGUAGGAGAGAUAUUACCUAUUCAAAGGAGUUUCUGGUGGUUUUAGAAUCAAAACUGAUGUACUUUUGCUUAGUGGGUCAGAUAAAUAUUUAUUUUAAUAUUUUUCCAGUUACGCUCGGCUCCUUCAGAAGACUGUUCGUCGUUUGGUACCAGAAUGUGACGUCCGAUUCAUCCGGUCUGAAGAUGGCAGUGGAAAAGGGGCUGCUAUGGUGACUGCUGUAGCUUACAGAUUGGCUGACCAGAAGCAUGAAAGAGAGAAAACACUUGAAGCUUUAAAUCUCAGCCACCAACAGCUCUUGGAGAUUAAGAAAGUAAUGAGGACAGAAAUGGAGAGGGGGUUGCAAAAAGAAAGCCACGACAGUGCCACAGUGAAAAUGCUGCCCACCUAUGUACGAGCAACUCCUGAUGGUACAGGUAAGAGAACCCAAUUGUUUGAAAUAAAAAGAACACAUUCAAAUCAAUGAUGCAUUUUAUCAAAUUGUUUACCUAAGAAAAAGUGUCACAGUUAUAUUCAUCGAUACCUACAAUGUAUUCCAUCCAACAGAGAAAUGAGGCAAUGUUCCAUUCACAGUGAAAUAACUUUUUGAAGUUUUGAAACACUUAUUAUUUUUCUAUAGGUGAAUCUAAUAUUUAUACAUCGCCAUCGGUAUUUUCCAUGAUAAUGCAAUUUAUAUAUAAUAUAUUAUCCAGCCAAUAUUGAAUAAUUCUCAAGUGAGACAAUUGUCCAGCGAAUGCUAAGAAACUUUCUAAAGUUUUAUACAUAUAAUAUUUAUACAUUGCCACCAGUACUUUCCAAGAUUAUACAGGACAUAUGCAUAACAGAUAGUAUUAUAUAUAUAAUAAACGCUAGCCAGUACUAAAUAGUUCAGAACUAGAGCUAUGUUCCAGUAAAUGCAAAGUAACUUUCUGAACUUUUAAAGUACUUAUUUUACAUUUUACUUUCCAUGAUGAAACAGAAUGUGUCCAUUUAGGGUAAUGCAGUAACAAACAUGUUGUGUAUUGCAGACUUACACAGACUACGUACUGAACAUUAUUUCAUGGUUUAUCUUUGUGAACACAGAAUUAGUUAGUCUUAGACCCAUGGGUAAGGAAGUGGGGUAGAUGAGGGAAUUAAUCCAUCCCUGGAAAUCGAGUGAGAGGACUGGGUGGACCAACUCUAAACAUGACGGUGAAGCUCUUAAAAUCAUAUGUUUUGUCGUUUAAGAAAAACAUCCUAUUUUAAAAGGGUCAGUUGUACUCUCUGCUUUAUAAAUAGCAAAACAAUAUUACAAGAACAAUAAGAAGGUACAAAAAUAUCAGUGGCGAGUCGAAUGUCAUAUUUGUAUAUUAAAAUGUGAGGUCAGGUUACUAUGUAACACACAGAGGAGCCAAAUUGGGAUUUGUACUUUUGUAGAUGUUUCCAUUUUAACACAAAACACAAUAUGCACAGUGUUCAUUUUCACCUCUCUGCACUUUCAGAGAAAGGAGACUUCCUGGCUUUAGAUCUAGGAGGCACUAAUUUCCGUGUGCUCCUUGUACGUGUUCGAAACGGCAUGAGACGUGGCGUGGAAAUGCACAAUAAGAUCUACACAAUCCCCCAGGACAUUAUGCUGGGCACAGGCGAGGAGGUGAGUAGACAUGGGGAAAUAGGAAUUACAGGUCUGUUAUUUAUGUUCUCCUGACGUACAACUUCUUAUGUUUAGCUCUUUCUGUCUAGGAGACACCAGCCAUUUUGUCCCAAAGAGAGUUAUAUGGUCAUUAUGUUUAUAUUCAUUGUUUACUAAUAUUGGUGUCCCUUUAUCGGCUAGGAAACAACAGGUGUCUUGACUCUCUUCAAUUGCUAACUGAUCUGGAGCUAUAUUUUCAUAGUGAAAGCAUGUCUGGCUGCUAAUGGUGCUUCAUAGGAUCACGUUCAUAAUAGAGAGCUUUCUCUUAUUUCAGUAAAUGUAAUGGCCACCAAGCUCAUUUUGUUGGAGAUUUGUCAAGGCAUGACUGGGUGCCAUCAUGGUGAUCUCUUGUUAUUUAUCACCUUACACAAGAUUAGCAUGUUAAAAAAAAAAAAGAAUCUUCCCUGUAGUCUUUUUCAACAUCACUGCCAUAAUAGACAAUGGUAGUGCUCAUUCAGGGCAGCUGGGUGUCUAUGCCAGGCAUUUUAGAAUGCUACCAAUUUGGUUUCUGCUUGCCUCUGUUUCAAGAAAAUGUACUGCAGCCGAAACUCUUUCUAUAAGCAAAAAGGUGCUAUUACUCUAACCAUGCUCUCUCACUUUAAAUAAUCUGAAGUGAUACUUGGGGUGGCUUAACUCUCUACAAUUUUUUAGUCAUUUUCCCAUGUUCUACAAAUCCCCACAUCUACUGAAGGCUGAUGUUGGUGAUGCACCAUAUUUUUUUCCUCUUCAACAGAGUAUUAUGAUUUGAUUGGCAAGGAGUAUUAUUCUGAUUUGACUGGCAGUAGUGUACAUUUUUUCUUUUUAGAAUUAUAUUUCAUUAUGGUUAUAUAAAGAAACACUAUAGGCUAGGUAUACAAACAUGUAAUCCUAACACAAUAGUAUUAUACUAAUGAUUUAGAUUAUGGUGCGCAUCCAGGCUCUGCUGGUUUAAAUAAUCAAACCUAGGGAAGCAUGCGAUGUGCCAAUCAUCAUCUUUUCAUAGAGAUUCAUUGAUGCAAUGCAUGUUUACGGAGUGUGUUCAAUGUCUCCAUGUAUAGCGUGGAGCAGGUGCUGAACAUUGGUCCCGCAAUCUUUGCAGGAACAACCCCAGGAAGUACCUCUAUCGGCUGUUGGAGUGACUGCCAUUAGGGAUGGUUUUAGGCAGCAGUGUAAACAAUACUUUUUCUCAGAAAAGGCUGGGUUUACAUUGCUCAGCUUUUGCUCCAAAACCACUACAUUAAGCUGUAGUGGUUCUGGUGCCUAUUGCGUCCCUUUAAAGUGUGUGUUCUUGUUGGAUUUAAAUGCAAUGUUUUAAUAGUACUAUAUUUUUCUACGCAGCUUUUUGACCACAUUGUUCAUUGUAUUGCGGAUUUCCUGGAAUACAUGGGCAUGAAAGGAGUGUCACUGCCCCUGGGAUUCACCUUUUCCUUUCCUUGUCAACAGAAUAGCCUGGAUGAGGUAAUUAUUGAAUUCCAUGUAAAUAUGUUGGUAAUUGUCAUGGGACUUUAAUUUUACUUCUGGUAGACAUUUUAGGGAAGGCAAAUAAAAACAACUGAGAUCUGUAGGAUAAGAUAAACAGAGUUAUUUUGAGUGGUGUUGGCGUUUCAGCCAUUCAUAAUACAGCUAUAAAUAAUAGCAUAGCCCACGGCAAGAAAACAAACAGAAACUGGCAGUUUUUGUCCUUGUGGGCAAGAACAAAGAAGAGGCCUUUUUGAGCACUAAAUGGAAUGCACAGCAUGACAGAGCAUUCAUGGAGAUCUUUUCAUAACUGUAACUUCAUUGCCACCAAUACCAAAUUGUCAUGUAUUAUGAAUGUUAUGAGCACAUUCUCAGCCACCAGCCAACGCAUUAACCCAUACAGUACUAAAAUAGCAAAGGCCCUUCACAACACCUACCCCACUCCUGCAUUACUGUGCCAACACUCAAGCCAAUGCACAACCUGUUAGAAGUGGCAAUUAUCCCCCAUUCAAGACUUCCCAUGGUUUGGUUAGUCAGUAAACCUUGAACAAUGUAGAACUGAAAACAAAAGUGUAACAUUUAGACCAAAAUAUUCAACAAUAGUCAACAAAUUUGGCUAUUUUGGUGUCCAAUUCCCCUUUCUCCUCUUUCCAUUUCCCAGUUUAUAUAUGUUUCUUAAAAUAUUAUCUUAUGUAUAAACUGAACAUAAGUUGAAUUCUAUAGAUGUCCCCCAGUUUUACCACUAGGAUACAUCAGAAACACCAUACCAUCAAUUUACUUUGUGGUGUGGCCUUAGCAAUGUCAGCACAGCCCUCUGGAAAGCAGCUUAAUUUAAGAAGGCAAUGAUUGGAAGAAAUCAUUACAUCUCUAUCUCCUGUAAAGCAGUUUACUAUCCCUAUGGUUUUAGAAGUAGUUGGCUCUUUCAAAAUGAAGUCUCUUAUAACUUAUUCCGUGCAUUUCGGCUCCUACAGGGUGUAGUUCAAUAUAAGGAGUCUCAAUAACAUUCUUUACUAGUGACACAAGUUCAGGUGUAAUCAAUUUCUUUAAACUGUCCAUGUGGCUUCAUCCAUUCCAGAAGUAUGAUAAUGUUCCUAUAGAAUCAAAGUAAUGCUUAGUUUGUGACAUGCUCCUCCUCUGAUCUUCUCUAGGGUAUUCUUCUUAAGUGGACUAAAGGUUUCAAGACAUCUGGCUGUGAAGGAGAGGAUGUUGUGAAUUUGCUAAAGGAAGCCAUCCACAGACGGGAGGUAAUUAUGGGACAUUAUGGUCUUGUGCCUGGGCUAUGUGAAUUAUAUAAUCAGUUCAUGCUUGAUAUCAACUGCACAAGAUACAAUUUGGCUGCCAAGAGGUUGGAUCAUUAAGGAGUCCAGGGGUCCAGGAGUACUGGAAAGGACCCACCAUAAUAAAUACACAUUUGUAUUGUCUAUAUCAGUGGUUCUCAAACCAGUCCUCAAGGCAUCCCUACCAGUCCAUGAUUUAGGGAUUGUGUCAAAGGUGUUUUUAGAAAAACAAACAAACAAAACCACAGUAGACACAACUGUGUUAUACCUAAAUCCUGGACUGGUAGGGGUGCCUUGAAGACUAGUUUGGGGACCAUUAGUCUAUAUGGUUUGCAUUUCAUGUCUCUUUACAAAACAAAACAUGACAACAUUCUCUGAAAGUUUAUUUGUGAAACAAACAGGCAUGUUUCGCUUGUUUUUUUAAGGAAUUUGACCUGGAUGUAGUGGCUGUAGUAAAUGAUACAGUGGGCACUAUGAUGACCUGUGGCUAUGAAGACCCUUACUGUGAAAUGGGAUUGAUAGUUGGUAAGAAUCUUCACCUGGUUAAUAUUUUGGCUCUUUCUAUGCUAUUAACUUUCCAUGUGCAAUUGAACGAGUGCAUUUUGGGCUUAGCUGCCCCAGUAUUGCAGAGGAAUUUUUCUAGCACUUCCAGAACAGUUGAACAAGAAGGAAAACCACAAUAAAAUUAGAUGGUUUAAUCUGAAUAAAUAGUUCUAGUGGUAACUCCUUGUAAUUUUUCAGAAGCUGCAGAAAUAGGCUGCAACCUUUCGCACUAGGAUUUAGAAUUUCUUCUUAAAGGAACACUCGAAGCACGAUAGCCAUUACAAUUUAUUGCAGUAAUUAUUGUGCAAGAAGUCUUUGGAUACUGUUUUUAUUGGUCAACUAUUUUUAAAGGUAUGAUAAAUAUUGGUGCUUUCUUGACAUUCAAAGCCUGACCCUCUGCUUUCAUGCUGAUAACACGAAAGUUUAAAUUCCUCAUUAUCUCUUCAAAGUCACCCAUCCAAUAAUAACGUGUGCGCGCUGUGGGCAAUAAAGUGGCCAGGCUUUGGAAGAUCCCCCCAGGCUUUAUCAAACUUCUCAAAUGGUUUGACAAAAAAGAGACGCAAAAAGCAAAGAUUACUUGCACCAUGUACAUUAUGCAAGCUAUUGUAGUAAUGUUGCUUAUAGAGGCCCUUGCAACAUGCUGGUGAAAAAAUAUUAAGAUAAAUUAGUGCAUUGACAGUUUGUAUAUUUAAAAGCAUUGUUUUGGUUUAUAAGAAUGUAUACAUCUCAGAUUCUAAUCAGAAUAUUGCACUUAUAAUAGAAAUCUGUGAGCACACUGUGUAGGUUACAUAUUAUGAUAUAUCCGGUGGCAUAAGGUCACCCCGGUAGCAGUCUCAUUUGACUUGGCAUUGAUAAUUAAUGCUAUGCUGCCGUAAUGAUUCAUUUGAAAAAUAUCCUGAACAAAAUACGGUCAGAGAAAACAUAUAUUUAUUUCUGAUUGGCAGGAACUGGGAGCAACGCAUGUUACAUGGAGGAGAUGAAGAAUGUUGAUCUGGUGGAAGGAGUGGAGGGCAGGAUGUGCAUUAACAUGGAGUGGGGGGCAUUUGGAGACAAUGACUGUCUGGAACCAUUCCGUACAGAGUUUGACAAAGCUGUGGAUGAAUUGUCUCUUAAUCCUGGCAAGCAGAGGUAUGUGUCAGUUACUGCCUAUGGGAAACAAGUUAGCUAUGUGUAGGAGAGUAGAAGGGCCUGAACCAUAUUUGCCCAGCAGAUAACUGACACUGCAAGAUUUAAUUGUGGUGAAGCAGUGUCUGUUGGUGACUCACGGGAGAGAUUUUGUUGCAUUUUUAAAGAAAGGAUGGAUUGUGUAUGACUUGACAAUAUUUGCAUGAACUCUUAAUUAGUUUUUCUGAGCACUACAUUGAAUUCUAUUCCAUUCUCAUUCAUAUUUCAUUAUACAUGUGAUGUAGAAGCAGUAAAAUUAGUACAUGCAUGCUGCUUGCAUUAUCAUCAACACAUGGAACCUUAGAGAAUAAUAGUGGCAGAACAUAUAUCAGUUCAUAAGCUCACCCAUUUAAUGAAAAUAUUUAUUUUUUCUGGCUGUAGGUUUGAGAAGAUGAUUAGUGGCAUGUAUCUUGGGGAGAUCGUCAGAAAUAUAUUGAUAGAUUUCACCAAACGAGGGUUUCUCUUCAGAGGAAAGAUUUCAGAGAGGCUCAAGACGAGGGGCAUCUUUGAAACCAAGUUCCUGUCUCAGAUAGAAAGGUGAGUAAAAAGUCUCAAAAUGCAGCAGAUGUUUGAGAUUGUAACUAUAGGCCAACUUAGACAAAAAAGGUAUUCAUCAAGUGAUUAAUUGGUCGACUGCACAAAUCACACACCUUAUUGUCAGGUGAAUCACAGUCAAGUAUUUAGUUAGUUAGUUUUUCACUGGCUAAAAAAAUAUGAGUGGGAAAGUAAUUCCUGACUCUGUUCAAGAUUUCGUGGUCUUGUUGGUCCUGCUACAGUCAAAGCAUCCUGUAGCUUCUAAGAAUUGAAUGCGUUUUUUCCUCUUGACAUUAGCUAUGACUUUAACUAAAAAUAUCACAUUAUUAUUAAUAAUUCUAUCCUAAACAGCAGGUGGAAAGUUAGUAUUUUAGACAAACUUAGUAUGUGAUGUAGUGCUUUUCUCCAUGUGAAUAUACCCAUUGGUGUGAUGUUGUCCCACACUGAAAAAUGUUUUUUCUUUUUUCAUUCCAGUGACCGCCUGGCAUUGCUGCAGGUCCGCUCCAUCCUACAACAUCUUGGCUUGAACAGCACAUGUGAUGACAGUAUCAUAGUAAAGGAAGUGUGUACAGUUGUAGCACGUAGAGCAGCACAGGUCUGUGGGGCUGGUGUUGCAGCUGUGGUGGACAAGAUCAGGGAGAACCGAGGGCUGGACUUCUUGAAAGUCACAGUAGGAGUGGACGGGACACUCUACAAACUUCACCCACAGUAAGCUACUAGACCUUUCUUGGCCAUUCACUGCUUUAUUUACAUGAGUGUUCUCCAGCUUUUAAUUAUAGUUUUUAAGCUGGUCACUUAUUAAACUUUGUAGUACAAUAAAUCUUAUAAAUUUUGUUAGGAAUCAUAUGACCAAAUUAAAAUUUAUCCGACAUAUGAAGCUUUCGAAAGGAAAGUUCUGUUUUACUCAACUCUGGGCAAACCAAUCACUCAAAAAACAAUGUAUCAAUUCUAAUUACUUUAUUAUAUAAAAGUCACAGUAGAUAACAAAUGGUGUUGUAGUUGCCUGUUUUUUACAUAACUUGCAAUGUAUUUCAUAGAUCAAUACAAUUCUGUAGCAAAUAGUAUUUGUUAUGUGUUCUACCCUAUCCUGAUUACUAUGAUCUAUCACACCAUGUAUGACUUCAAAACGUAAUUAAAUAAAUGUCUAGACAGUUCAUAUUCCAGACCCAAUGUCUGGCUCCAGCUGGUUAAUUGUGUUAAUUUGUAGAAGUAGUGAAGAUAUAUACCACAUAUUUUCCAAAGGGUUCUGAUGAAAGUAUGUUCUGCUCUUGAGAGAGUAUUGUUCUAAGUUUAAUUAUGCCCUGGCUAAAUUAUUUAACCAAAGCCCCCAAAUAAGAAGAAAUAUGAUCUUCUUCAUAUGUGUUGAUGUUAUUUUAAAGGUUAGUCCAACCAAAAAACAGUGUUUUUCAUAAAACAGUGUUUUUGAUUGUAGUAUACUCUUGUGUGCUGUUUGCCAAAAAUGCCACCCCCACCCCCACCCCCCAAAAAACAAAUGUACUUCUUUAUCCCUUGCCAAGGACAAGUUCCACCUCAGCCCGAUCCUCCUUGCCUGAUGUCCAUCCCCCUUAAAGGGAGGAUGAGCUGAGGGGAAGACAUGGGUGCCAUGGGUGGGGGUGAUCCAAAUCAAUGAAGUGCUCAGAUUAACCCCUUAACUGAAGGGUCACGUGAUUCAUUUAGAAAACAUUUCUACCUUUAUCACUUCCGGUGUAGCAAGAUACCCUCAUGUUAGCGAGUUGUGCCUAUUUAUAUGUGUGUAGUUAUUUACAAAUUGAAAUAAUGCAUUUUCCAAUUUGUUUUCCAGUUUUUCCACCAUCAUGCGCCAGACAGUAAAGGAGCUGUCCCCUAAAUGCCAGGUGACCUUUCUCCAAUCUGAAGAUGGUAGUGGGAAGGGAGCUGCUCUGAUCACAGCAGUGGCCUGUAGGAUUCGGGAAGCAGGCCAACGUUAACAACUUGCUUGCGUGCAUUCCUGCACAGAGACUGCUUGCAGACAUUUACCAUGUCCAUCUUUAGCAUAGACUCUAGUAGACUGGAUCCUGCGUCUCACUGAUCCACUCUCCCUGGAGACAGAGCACAUCAUCAAUGAUUUGGCACCGAGGAAUAAUGGAAGCCAGCAAAUAUUUCAUCCUUAUGCGAAAACUGUACCAGGGAAAUGUGUACCAUGGGUGUAUAUUUUAAUAUUUUUGUAGGAUAGCUGGGGGUUUCCGAAAUAAUUUAUAGCUAACUUUAAUAUCGGUGAUCUGUAGUUUUUCAAGGUGGCUGAUGGAAGAGGCUUCAGUAGGGACAUAUAACUGAUGUUAACAUGCAGAGAUGGCAUUGGGCUCUGUUCCAUGGUUUGAAUAGGUAUUUAUUCUGCAAUAUUUCAACGCAGUUAGUACUUUUUGUUCCUAUGCAAAGUAUUUUUUUUCUUUUGGUGUUUUUCAAAUUCCAUAUCUGUAGCUAUGGGUGAAACCAGGAAUUCAUUUGUAGAAAUUAAUGGUGCAAACCCCUUAAGGACAUAUAACAUGCUGGGCAUGUCAUGCUUUAAAUGGAUUAGUGUUCUCCUGGUCCUUAACAGCCUUACGAUUUUGCAUUGGCAUUACAAUAUACCUUCAAACUCACUUUUUAUUUUCCAGGAGGAAGACAAUGAAAAUCCCUCUGGAAACUAUGUUUUUUAAAAAAAAUUAUGGUUUCUUUUAACUAAACUUUAUUUCCAGCCUUAAAUAAUUUUUAAAUCCCAUUUGUUAAAAAACAAGAGGUCAGCGAUGAGUAAUUACUAUUCACCAUCUCUGCGCGCAGCAAGAAGAACAACAGCUUUUUUUUUUAUUCUGACAUUAUUGGCUAGUGUUACUUGAAAUGAAACUGGAGACGUAAGCUUUGUAAUGUUUUCUUGUGCUCACAGAAAUCCUGCUACUCAUUUCUACUGAGAAACUGCAUAACAGUAAGUGUUUCUGACAAGCAAGCCUUAAAAUUAUGCAGAUACCUAGAAAACGCAAAGCUUUUAUUUAUCUUUCAACAACCUCUAAUGAAAGGCUGAUUACAUCUGACCUCGAGGUCCUUUAAUCAUUUUUUUUUAAUAAUGUAGAUUGGCCAACCUGCAGGAAACCAUCUAUCUGUGGACUUGCAGUGCACAGUGGCUGGCUGAGAAUGAUAGGAACUGCAGAGCCGAUUGCCCCUUUUUAUCAGACGUUUGCAUUCUGACUUGAACAUUCUCAAAAGCCAUAACCGAUUUUAAUAAGCACCACUACAUUCAUGCUUUUUUUUUUUUCUAGAAAAUAUUUAUUUAUUUUAGUGUUUUUUACCUAAAUGGGACUGUUACACAAUUGUAGUUUAAUAUUUGAUUUUAAGGUAACAACAUGAUGGUUGAUUUGCAGACACCUAUUUAACAGAAUAUAAGACUACUUCCUCUAGAAUGAAACAUGUUCUUGAUAAAGGAAUAUUACAAAGAAUAAGUGAUCUUCAAUGAAGACUUAUAUUCUGAUAAAUAUGGUUUAUUUUAGUAUGUAAACUAAUUUGAGUGGUGAUUAUAUCCUGCAACACUUGAAGGCUUUCACCAAACCUUGGGAUUUAACAGCAUAGGAAGCGUUCUGAGACUGUUUUAAUAAACAGGCAUCAGCCAACUUGGGGUACAAACGAUACCUGUCCCAUGGGCUCCUCUGGCUUAAGGCUUUGAACUAGCAGCAAUAAGUAUACCGUUGCAUGUGAAAUAGAAAAUAUUUAGCCCAAGGUUAUUGUUUAUGUGCGUCACAUAUGUGCAAAAAUAGAAGUAGGAAAUUAUUAUGUUUAUUUAUAUUCAUUUUAGAUUUAACAUGUUUACUCUCUUAGAAUAGCUUUACUGGAAAUCUCAGUUAAUGCUGCUCUUAGUAAAUGUCUAUCUUACAAAGGAUAGCUGAUGUACAAUGAUGUACAGACAAAUGGAAACACACACGUAUUCUACAAUGUAUAUAAUAUAUAUUUAUAUAGAUGUAUACAGACCAACAUUAUUUCUGUCAAAUUAACCUUGUUUACCUUCCAUAAAAUACAGGUGCAAGGUGCCCAAACAAACAGAUUAUGGGUGGUACAAAUAUUUUUCAAAUUAUUUUUUAUCGCACUUGAGAGAUUUAUAAAUGGUAUUGCAACAUUUCAUUGUUGGAUUAGUAAUGUAUAUUUUACCUUAAAGGACACAUUUAGAAGUAUGAUCUGUGAUGAGUAUAUAUAUUUAUAUAAACACACAAAUUAUCCUAAAUUUGUUUCCUGAAGUUGCACUAUUUGCAACUAUCGCUACAUUCUAUUGUGUGGACCCCAGGUUAAACCUAAUGAUAUCUAGUAAAACACAAGGCACAACCUUCCCUUUCUCCAGCUCUUAUUAAAGUACCAUUUUUAUGCUAGGGACAAUAUCCCAUGGAGUCAUGGUAAUUGUAGUUCUCUAAAGACUGACUGUUACUGCAAUACAAUAUAUGGGACUGAGUGAUCUGUCAUCUUUACUUGUGUUUUAUAACAACUCCACUGGGUCCCAACACAUCACACUCUUUAAUGCACUGUAUAUUUGCCUUUCACAAAACAGGUUGUCUGUCUCAUGUACAUAAAUAAUGAAAUACGUCUGUUUAUAUUUGCUAUUUAAGUGGCUUCCUGUUCAUAAAUUGCUAAAUGCUUUUUAGAAAGUUGAAGUCUGCCUUUUGUGUCAUUCUUUUAUUUGAUAACCGUAGAACUUGAGGCCCAAGUGGGAAGAUGUCGCAUAAACGACCUGAAUUGCGG